CAUCUCCCAGCACCUUCGUCUUCCUCAAUUUCCCCUCGUCCAAACCCUAGCGAGCUCCCCAUGGUUUCCGCAUUAUAGAUCUCCCUCUUCGUCCCCACUCGUUGGGAUACUGAUUCGUCCGCCCUAACCAUGGAGGCCGAGCUAGGGCAACAGACGGUCGAGUUCUCUGCACUUGUUUCCCUUGUUGCCGACGACUCAUUCCUCUCCCUCAAAGAGCUUGUCGACAACGCCAAAUCAUCCAAAAAAUCCGACGACGAGAAGAAGCGUAACAUUCUCAAGUAUGUCUUCAAGACUCAACAGAGGAUGCUCCGCCUUUAUGCCCUUGCUAAGUGGUGCCGACAGGUUCCGUUGAUUCAAUACUGGCAGCAACUUGCAUCAACUUUGUCUAGUCAUGAUACAUGUUUUUCACAAGCUGCAGACUCUUUAUUCUUCAUGCAUGAGGGCCUACAGCAAGCUCGUGCACCUAUUUAUGAUGUUCCAUCUGCUACUGAAAUUCUCCUUACAGGCACCUAUGAACGUCUUCCGAAAUGUGUAGAAGAUAUCAGUAUUCAGGGAACACUGAAUGAAGACCAAGAAAAGAAUGCGUUAAAAAAGUUGGAGAUAUUAGUACGGGCUAAGUUACUGGAAGUGUCACUUCCAAAAGAAAUUUCUGAAGUGAAAGUCACUGAUGGUACAGCACUGCUUCGUGUAGAUGGGGAAUUUAAGGUUUUAGUUACUCUGGGCUACAGAGGACACUUAUCAUUGUGGAGGAUACUGCACUUGGAGCUGCUAGUUGGAGAGAGAAGGGGACUUCUGAAACUGGAAGAAAUGCACCGUUAUGCUCUUGGAGAUGAUUUGGAACGCAGAAUGGCUGCAGCUGAAAAUCCAUUCACUACAUUAUAUUCAAUUUUGCAUGAACUUUGCAUCUCACUUGUUAUGGACACUGUCUUAAAGCAAGUACAUUCACUUAGACAAGGAAGAUGGAGAGAUGCUAUUCGGUUUGAGGUCAUAUCUGAUGGUAUUACUGGUGGCUCCACACAAGUGAACCCAGAUGGAGAAACUGACUUAUCUGGUCUUCGAACCCCGGGGUUGAAAAUCAUGUACUGGUUGGAUUUUGAUAAAAAUACUGGUAUUUCCGAUCCAGGAUCAUGUCCCUUCAUAAAAAUUGAACCAGGACAAGAUAUGCAGAUAAAGUGUAUCCACAGCAUGUUUGUCAUAGAUCCGUUAACCAACAAAGAAGCAAAGUUUUCUCUGGAUCAAAGUUGCAUUGAUGUUGAAAAGUUGCUGUUGAGAGCUCUAUGUUGUAACAAAUAUACUCGGCUUCUUGAAAUUCAAAAAGAAUUGAAGAAAAAUGUUCAAAUUUGUCAAGCGCCAGAUGAUGUUGUUCUUCAGCACCAUGUUGAUGAGCCUGAUGUUGACCAUAAAAAGAAGGAUAAAGUUUGUGAUCCCAGUACAUAUGAGGGAGAAGAAAUAUUGCGGGUGCGUGCUUAUGGCUCAUCAUUUUUCACCCUCAGAAUAAACACAAGGAAUGGCCGUUUUCUUCUUCAGUCCUCGCACAAUAAACUUGCACCUGCCUCACUGACAGAUUGUGAAGAAGCUUUAAAUCAAGGAAGUAUGACUGCUACUGAUGUUUUUAUAAGAUUGAGAAGCCGAAGUGUGCUGCAUUUAUUUGCAUCUAUUAGUAGGUUUUUGGGCCUUGAGGCAUAUGAAAAUGGUUUUUCUGCAGUUCGAUUACCAAAAAACAUUUCAAAUGGUUCAGCCAUGUUGCUGAUGGGAUUUCCAGAUUGUGGGAAUUCAUACUUUUUGCUAAUGCAGCUCGACAAGGAUUUCAAGCCCCAGUUUAAAUUGCUGGAGGCAAGGUCAGAUCCUUCUGCCAAAGCCCAUGGCCUUAGUGAUCAAAGCAAUGUGAUCCGUGUGAAGAAAAUUGACAUUGAUCAGAUACAGAUACUUGAAGACGAGCUGAACUUAAGUCUGCUUGACUGGGAAAAGCUGUUGCCCUCUUUACCAAAUUCUGUCAAUAACCAAACUUCUGAAAAUGGUCAUCUUUCUGAUAUUAGCCUUGAUGGGUCUCGGCAGAUAUCUGGAUAUCCUCCAUCCAGUUUUUCAUCUCUUGUUGAUGACGUGUUUGAGUUGGAGAAGGGGCCUCCCCCUGUACCUACUUUUUCUGUUUCGAACGUGUCGCAAUCUUUCAAUUCAUCUGCAUCUCAUUAUGGUUCUCUCUCUAAUAUUCAUAAUAUAAAAGGAGUUCCUUCACCCAAGUGGGAAGUGGGUAUGCAGCCAUCCCAGGGUAAUAAUGUUGCAAAACUAUCUAAUAUUACCUCGCACAGCACCGGUUCCUUGUAUUCAUCUAGCAAUUUGAAGGGUCCAGUGCCUUCCUCAUCCCUUGGUUCUAUUUCUUCUGGUUCUGGAAGGGGUGCUGCAAGACGACUUUCAAACUCAAAAUCUGAACAGGAUUUAGCUUCCCUUAGAUUCCCAAAAAAUCCUGUUGAGGUUAGUUCUUAUACUGCAUUGGACGACGAUCUUACAAGUAUGUCAAAUGAUACGUCAAAGGAUGGGCUGUAUGCAAAUAGGUCAUCUCGGCUACUGUCUCCACCUCAACAUGGUGGCCCUCGAAUUUCUGGAAGUAUAAAGCCUAUUGGUUCCAGAAGUUCGCCAACUGCAGCUCCAACAGGAUCUUUAAGGCCUUCUGGAUCUAGCUCAUCUGUUUCAACUCCCGUAUCCCAGAAUCAAGAUUGUUGCUCUAGUCCCGUGGAUGAAAGUGGUCUGAAAAAUGAUUGUUCUCGGAAGCGUGCUGCUUCUGUUAUGCUCAAUUUAAUCCCAUCACUUAAAGGUAUUGAUGCAUAUAAUGGACUUUCUAAGAGAAGGAAGGUCUCAGUAUCAGCUAUAAUUAGUCCACCCUCAUCACAGUUGCUUAUUUCAAAAGAAAUGGUCUCCAAAACUGAAUCUUGUUUUGGUAACCUUAUCGCUGAAGCUAAUAAAGGCAGUGCACCUUCGAGUACAUAUGUCUCUGCUCUGCUUCAUGUAAUCAGGCACUGUUCAAUAUGUAUCAAACACGCGAGACUUACUAGCCAGAUGGAUGCACUGGACAUUCCAUAUGUUGAAGAAGUUGGGUUAAGAAAUGCAUCAACAAAUAUAUGGUUCCGGCUUCCGUUUACCAGAGAUGAUUCAUGGCAACAUAUAUGCUUGCGACUUGGAAGGCCUGGGACCAUGUGCUGGGAUGUGAAGAUACAUGAUCAGCACUUUAGAGAUUUGUGGGAGCUUCAGAAGAAAAGCAGUACAGCUCCAUGGGGACCUGAUGUUCGAAUAGCAAAUACAUCUGACAAAGACUCGCACAUUAGUUAUGAUCCAGAAGGUGUUGUUCUCAGUUAUCAAUCAGUAAAGGCAGAUAGCAUAGAAAAGUUGGUGGCAGAUAUAAAAAGGCUCUCCAAUGCAAGAAUGUUUGCCCUUGGGAUGCGGAAACUGCUUGGGGUUAGAACAUGUGAGAAGCCAGAAGAAAGUAAUAUGACCUCAGAUGUUAAAGCACCAGUUACGAAAGUUUCACCUGACACAGUGGAUAAGUUAUCUGAACAGAUGAGGAGGGCAUUUAGAAUUGAAGCAGUUGGGUUAAUGUGCCUGUGGUUUAGUUUUGGUUCUGGUGUGUUGGCACGUUUUGUUGUAGAGUGGGAAUCAGGUAAAGAGGGUUGCACUAUGCAUGUUUCUCCCGAUCAACUUUGGCCUCAUACCAAGUUUUUAGAAGAUUUUAUAAAUGGAGCUGAAGUUGCAUCUCUUUUGGAUUGUAUCCGACUCACUGCUGGACCACUACAUGCUCUAGCAGCUGCAACCCGACCUGCUCGAGCUGGUCCUGUUUCGACACUUCCUGUCAUAGCCGCAGCUCUCUCUUCCCUUCCAAAACAUGGAGGACAUACACCAACUCAAAAUGUUUUACCUAGCAGUUCAGGCACUAUCACUGGCCAAGUGGGUAGCACUGUUUCUUCAAGCGUUGCUGGCCCUCUUGCAAAUCAUAGCCUUCAUGGGGCUGCAAUGUUAGCUGCUGCUGGACGUGGUGGGCCUGGCAUUGCUCCUAGUUCAUUGUUGCCAAUAGAUGUUUCUGUUGUGUUGCGUGGUCCGUAUUGGAUAAGGAUAAUAUAUCGAAAACAAUUUGCAGUUGAUAUGCGCUGCUUUGCAGGAGAUCAGGUAUGGUUACAACCAGCAACGCCUGCCAAGGUCAACCCUUCAAUUGGAGGGUCAUUACCAUGCCCACAAUUUCGGCCAUUUAUUAUGGAGCAUGUUGCCCAAGAAUUAAAUGGUUUAGAGCCGAACUUCCCAGGUGUUCAACAAACUGUUGCACAGUCAGCCCCAAACAAUCAGAAUCCAAAUUCAAGUUCACAGACGACAGCUGCAAAUGGAAAUAGACUUAGUCUUCCUGGUUCUCCUGCAAUGUCUAGGGCAGGAAAUCAGGUGGCUAACGUAAACCGUGUCGGAAAUGCUCUGCCUGGAUCUUCAAAUUUGGCUUCUGUGACCUCAGGAUUGCCAUUAGGGAGAUCACCUGGAGCAGGCGUCCCUGCACACGUGAGAGGUGAAUUGAAUACAGCUAUUAUUGGACUUGGGGAUGAUGGCGGGUAUGGAGGAGGCUGGGUUCCUCUUGUUGCUCUUAAGAAAGUUUUGAGAGGUAUCCUCAAAUACCUUGGAGUUCUUUGGCUGUUUGCCCAGCUUCCUGAUCUUCUGAAAGAGAUCCUAGGUUCAAUUUUGAGGGACAAUGAAGGUGCAUUGCUGAAUUUGGACCCCGAGCAGCCUGCCUUACGUUUCUUCGUGGGGGGAUACGUAUUUGCUGUAAGCGUUCACAGAGUUCAACUGCUUCUCCAAGUGCUUAGUGUGAAGCGUUUCCAUCAUCAACAGCAGCAACAACAGCAGCAAAACUCCACCACAGCACAAGAGGAAUUGACACAAUUAGAAAUUAGUGAAAUAUGUGAUUAUUUUAGCCGUCGUGUUGCAUCAGAGCCGUAUGAUGCUUCUCGCGUUGCAUCUUUCAUUACUCUUCUUACCUUGCCAAUAUCAGUUUUGAGGGAAUUUUUGAAAUUGAUAGCAUGGAAAAAGGGAGUGGCCCAAGCACAGGGUGGAGAUAUUGCUCCUGCACAGAAACCCCGCAUCGAGUUGUGUCUUGAAAAUCAUUCUGGGUUGAGCAUAGACGAGAAUGCCGAAAGGUUGACAUCGAAAAGCAAUAUCCAUUAUGAUCGACAACACAACUCUGUCGAUUUCACUCUGACAGUUGUUCUCGAUCCUGCUCAUAUACCUCACAUGAAUGCAGCUGGUGGCGCGGCGUGGUUGCCAUACUGUGUCUCAGUGAAGUUGAAAUAUUCCUUUGGUGAAAGCCCUGUUGUCUCUUUUCUGGCUAUGGAAGGAAGCCACGGCGGCAGAGCAUGCUGGUUGCGCGUUGAUGACUGGGAAAUGUGUAAACAGAAGGUGGCUCGAACAGUCGAAGUGAGUGGAAAUUCAAACGGAGAUGCUAGCCAAGGAAGGUUGAGAAUUGUAGCAGAUAAUGUCCAAAGGUCAUUACAUGUAUGCCUUCAAGGAUUGAAAGAAGGAAGUGAAAUAACUACAAUCGCGGGUUCAACAUCGUGAUGAGCAAAAGUACACCGUUACUCGUUCGUUACAUCAAUCGAUAUGCAAUAUUUUCACAUUGCCUGAGCCUUCUCCAUUUACAAGUUUUGAAGUCAUCGAUCGAAGAAGCACAUAAUAACGGGAAAAGGAAGUCAAUCGCAGCAACAACGAAGAAAUUGUGGUAUAAAUUUGGCGGGACUCAUAACAUCAGAUUUCAUUGUAGGUUUGGCAACACAUUGAGGUAAGUUUUGGUCUAAUUAGCUGAUUUAGGAUUUCAGAUUGAUAGAUGCUGCUAGUUUGAGCUGGAUCCAUAUAAAAUCAUAUGAUAUUAGGACUUAUAAUACGUUCUACUGUCAGCCUAUUAUAGCAUUGGAAAAUCAUUUUUUUUGGCUCUGGUUUGUAGAUAUCACACUAAUCAGGCAACUAUGUAAAUUUAUUGUGUUACACUUGUACACCUCCGUAGCCACUCUGCCUCAGUUGCUUCAGUCCAAGUCUAGAAGAUAGGUAUCUUCCAUGUUAUAGAAUGUACUCAUUUUUUAAAAUCUAAUAUCAAAGUUGUGGAAGAUGCCAUUAGCUCC